GCGGAGCGGAGAUGCUCUCCAGCAGCCAGAGGAGGAAGAAGAGGAGGAUGAGGGUGAAGAAGCGGAGCUGAUCUCAGUUCGGAGCCGCUGAGCUGAAACUGGAAACUUCCGCAUGUUUUUCUGAAGCUUUUCCUCAACCGAGCAGACUUCCUGUCCCGCCUCCGCCAUGAGUGACAUCUUGGAGUCGGCGGCCGGCUCUCUGGGUCUGUUCAGCAGCUCCUGCCUCACCAAGGUGGAGUUGCGCCUCACCUGUAAGGGCGUCUCGGACCGGGACGCGCUCUCCAGGCCCGACCCCUGCGUCGUGCUCAACAUGCAGUCCCACGGCCGGUGGAUGGAGGUGGACCGGACGGAGGUGAUCCGCAGCUGCGUCAACCCCACCUACUCCAAGGUCUUCACCUUGGACUUUUAUUUUGAAGAGGUGCAGCGGCUGCGCUUCGAGCUGUUCGACAUCAACAGCCACAACGGGCCGAAGGAGGCCGACUUCCUGGGCUCAGUGGAGUGUACGCUGGGACAGAUCGUCUCUCAGAGGAACCUGACCAAAGCUCUGCUCCGACCUGGAGGAACCGUGGGGAAAACCAUCAUCACGAUCACAGCAGAAGAGCUGACGGGGAACGAUGACUACAUCGAGCUCUCCUUCAGUGCCAGGAAGCUGGACGACAAGGACUUUUUCAGUAAAUCGGAUCCGUUCCUGGAGAUCUACAGAGUGAACGACGACGCCACCAUGCAGCUCGUCUACAGGACGGAGACGGUCAUGAAUAAUCUGAAUCCGGUUUGGAAAACCUUCAAAGUGUCUCUGAACUCGCUCUGCAGCGGAGACCACGACAGGAAGCUGCAGUGCACCGUGUGGGACUGGGACUCCAACGGGAAACAUGAUUACAUCGGAGAGUUCGAGGCAUCCUUCAAGGAGAUGAGAGGCGCCAUCGACGGCAGACAGGUCCAGUGGCCGUGCAUGAAUCCCAAAUACAGAACCAAGAAGAAGAACUACAAGAACUCUGGGAUCGUCAUCCUGAACCAGUGCAAGAUCAUCAAGAUGCAUUCCUUCCUGGAUUACAUCAUGGGCGGCUGUCAGAUACAGUUCACUGUGGCCAUCGACUUCACGGCGUCUAACGGUGACCCGCGGAACAGCUGCUCCCUGCACUACAUCCACCCCUUCCAGCCCAACGAGUAUCUGAAGGCGCUGGUGGCCGUGGGCGAGAUCUGCCAGGACUACGACAGUGAUAAAAUGUUCCCAGCGUUUGGCUUCGGAGCCCGGAUCCCUCCAGACUUCAAGGUUUCCCACGACUUCGCUGUGAAUUUCAACAAGGACAACCCGGAGUGUGCUGGUAUCCAGGGUGUGGUGGAGGCGUACCAAGCCUGCCUACCCAAGCUGCAGCUCUACGGCCCCACCAACAUCGCCCCCAUCAUCCAGAAGGUUGCCAAGUCCGCCUCGCAGGAGGUCCACACCAAAGAGGCCAUGCAAUACUUCAUUCUGCUGAUCCUGACUGACGGCGUCAUCACCGACAUGGCCGACACCAGGGAAGCCAUCGUCCAGGCCUCCUAUCUUCCGAUGUCCAUCAUCAUCGUCGGGAUAGGGAACGCUGACUUCGGUGACAUGCAGAUGCUGGAUGGGGAUGACGGGAUCCUGCGGUCGCCCAAAGGAGAACCCGUCCUCCGGGACAUCGUCCAGUUUGUCCCCUUUCGCAACUUUAAACAUGCCUCUCCGGCUGCUCUGGCUAAGAGCGUCUUAGCAGAAGUGCCCAACCAGGUGGUUGACUACUACAACAGCAAGGGCAUCAAGCCCAAAGUGCCCAGUGAAUACCAGUCUUCCAGGCCGUUCGGCCCCUGAACCUCAGCACCACAGCAGACCAACCUCACAAAAUGUUUACUGUCUUGUGUUUUUUUUGUCAAAGCGGAUGCUAAAGAUGAUACACGCAGUAUUUACCCAUGAGGCAUUGGGGCCAUCUAUCCUUGAACCAGUUGGCCUUCACAGUUUUGUUCUGAGGGACCAAAUCUAGGAACCCCUUGUUUCCUGCUUUUGCUGCUGCUAGUUUAGAACUUUUAAUGAUGUCAUCAACUGAAACAUUUGCUGCCUUUCAUAUCAAAUAAUAAUUCCCAACGGCAACCCCCUUAAGCUACACUCGUCUUCCUCUCUGGAUGAAGGUGGAGAUGCUUUUCAGGCCUUAUCGUUGAUCAGAGAGCUGCUGUUCUCCUGGUAACUGCUGAAGAUCAUAAGACCUGUAGAUCCAAAGUCCAUCUGGUCCACCCUAGAUAGGCAUCUGAAAGGUUCAGUCAACAUUUCCAUUGAUCAUUUACUUGUUGAGAAGAAACCUCAGUGCAUUGACAGCAAGAGGUUUUGACAUCCCAGAACCAAGAACAUAGUUGAACAAAGAAUAGGCAGUUGAACCUUCAGAAGGAGCAGUUUGGUUUCCGUCCUGGCCAGGGAACACUGGACCAGCUCUACGCCCUCCGCAGGAGCUCAAGGGCUUAUGGGAGUUUGCCCAACUGGCCCACAUUUGUUUCGUUGAGCUGGAGAAGGCGUUCAACCGUGUCCCUCAUGGGCACCCGUAGGGGUCCCCCACGAGUACAAAAUCCAGGGUCCUUUAUUAGGGAUUCUCUGUACAGGCAUCACUGACACUGAACCAGACCUGUUUCUGGUGCAUGUUGAACUCCGGUGUGGCUGCCAUUUAUCACCAGUCCUGUUCAUGAAGGGCUUGACAUGUGGGAGGCGACGUCGCUCCUUCUCCAUUUAUUUCCUGUGGAACUUGCGCAAUGAGGUGACAAUCACUUGCACUCGUCCAGAGAAAUUUGUGCAAUGGAAACAAGUAGACAUGUACACCUGGGCUUUUUGCUACCGUUGCUGUCAUAUUCCUCACAUUGAGCCCAUAACUUGUAUGGACAGGAUUUGUAGGCGUAGCCGAGUGUUGGGAAGGUCUAGUUUGUUAAUCGGUGGAUUUUGUUCCUUGUUUUAUACGAAUGAUGUGGUUCUGCUGGCUCUUUCUGGCCUGGAGCUACAGAAUGCACAGGGAUGGUUCACAGCCAAGUGUGAGGCAGCUGGAAGUCUGAGACAAUGGUUGGAUCAGUUUGGCUUCUCCAGGUUGGAGGGACGUUCCUCCCUCAAAUGGAGGAGUUCAUCCAUCUUGUGGUCUUGUUCAUCAGUAAAGGGAGGAUGGAUACGGAGAUUGAUAGACAAAUCAGUGCAGCUGCAGUGCGGACUCUGCACGGGUCCACUGCGGUGAGGACAGAACUGAGUCAAAAAGCAAGACUUUCCAUUUACCGGUUGGUCUACAGACCAACCCUGACUCUGCACAGUUGGAGAAAUCCUGGCUCUUCUUUACUUACAAGUCAUCACAACCACGAUGACCAGAAAGUCAAACACAUUCCUCAGAGUUUUGUUGUUUUUUUGUAAGUUGGUGUUGGUUCUGUUCAGUAUGCCGGUCCGGUGGAAGCUGAUGGCAGAAGCUGUGACAGGUCAGAGGUUUCAGAAAUGACAUGUUGGGUACUUGUAGCGUCUUGUCUGAUGGAUUUGACCAGAAUCAGCACUGGACCUUGGGAUCAGUGGACUUUCAGAGGACAUGCCUGCAGGAUCGUUGGAUGGUUGAACUGUUUCUGAGGUCAGGAGGCCAUGACAUCAUCCACUUCCUUUGAGCCAGCUGGACAUGCCACUUCUACAGGAAGUUAUUGACCAUCAGGUGUCAAGCUCCGCUACAAUUGGUAUGACGUCACCAUGUCGGUCCUGAAACUGUGGAAAACAACCUCUGUGGCAUCUUCACAUGAAUCUAUGUAGGAUCAUAGAUUCAUUCAUACUGGCUUCUCCAGCUGAGAAAGUCUUUGCAGUCACCAGCUGGUAGAACCUCCUGCUCCCUUUAGAGGUUCACAGGUGACUGUGUCUCACCUGCUUCAUCAGAUUCUCCUUCCUGGUUUCUCCAAAUUCAGCCUUCACCUUGCUAGAUCACUGCCUGUUGCUGUUGCUGGUUGACCUCCUCUACCUUCAGGACUUGAACUCCUUCAAAAGAAGGAGCUCAGAGCAGAUCCCUGAUGUAUCCCACCCGAACCUGUGUGGCACUACCUCACACCUCACCACAGUGUCUCUGUCCUCACUUCCUCAUCCAGGACCUCACUUCCUGUCUCGGAUCUUCUCUAUGGUUCUUCAGACCUUUAACACCAAACAUCUCACCUGUAGAGCUUUUCCAGGGACCUUCAAUCACCCUGUAAUUUGCACAGUGUAGCUGGAUUAGCUCAGCGUGAAUCAGGAAGUUCUCAUCACAGUUUUCAUCCUUUGGAGAUUCUGCAAAUGACUCAUCAGGUCAACGGGCUCCAUGAGGUCCGUCAGCUUGGUGACUUUUGCUUUUUGGACCGAACCAGUCCAAGUAUUCCAGAGCUUGUAGGAUAAACACACCGUUUGCAUCUGACUCUUUACACUCUGAUACGACUGGACUCGCAAGAUCGAUUAUUCAUGCCAGAGUAAGUAUCGGUCUUAGUCAGGCACUUGGAGAUACACUCACAGGGAAAUGCUAGCGAUCUGUGAAGCCCUGUUAUCUUUAACGUGUCUCUGUACAUCAUCUGAUCUGAUGUUUUGGUCUUCAACUGUCAGACCUCAGGACUAUUUUGGUCGGAACUAAUUAGCAAUUUGACAGGAACAUCAUGAGUACAAUAGGAGGUGUAAAACAAUAGCCACACAAAUACCAACUAAAAUCUUUUACUAUCAAAAACCAUAAUGUGCUUCUGUAUGUUUGGAGCUGAAACUCUGAUCUUUUCUGACCUUUCUAAGUGUUGACGUUGGCAAGACUUCCGGUUCAAACUCUGGUCUGAGUAAUCGAUCUGACCAGUCCAGUGGUCCGUAGACCGGCCGUCGAGUCAGAGGCUUUCUGACAGGAAAACUCAGAUCAGACAUUGAAAAGUUGGAUGCAAGCAGUGUGUUGUGGCUGUCAUCCUCCUGUAGCAGGAACAUUUUGGAGGAAACAUCAUGAGGUUUUUGUCAUGCUGCCCCAGUUCAGGGUCAGACUUUAGUCGUGUGCAAAAAUACUAAGUGCAGCACCUUGAGCAUCCGCUGUGCAUGCAGGGCCGACGACGGCUGAGAGCAGAAGAAAAGCACACAAACACAACGUGACCAAUGCAAGCGCCUCCUCCCUGCAGACAGCAUGCCGAGCAGGGAGGCAGUCGAUGAAGGAAUGUAUGAACCCUUCCCAACUCUCCCUGCUGUUUUUAUAAGACUGUGUUGAUGUUUUGCUAAACUUUCGUAAAGUUCGUAUAUUACAAAGCAUUUUGCAGAUGAAGAGCUGCCUUCAGAGACGUUUGCAUCCUCCACUGUUCCCCUUUUCUAAAACACUGAGGCAGAUGCAUGGCGUGUUGUUUUGCAUGCAGAUGUCCAUGCAGGACCUGCUGGUCUCUGCGCUUCCUGGUAGUUUUCUUGCUAGUGAGUAAAUAUGAGGUAAUAACAAUGUUUACAGUGACGAGCCCUCUGUUCUCCAGCAUGUGAGUAGAUUUAAAAGCACAAACUGAGUAUCUCUGCAGAAACCUUCUGUUGGACUUCAUUCAUUCUGUCUCUGUGCUCCACCAGGUCCGUUUACCAGCUCCAGAACCCGACCAGAACCCUCAGUGUAAAUUACCUUGAGAAAU